AUGAAUUUUUUAAUUAAAAAAUUAACAAAUAAUACAAAUAAUAAACAAUUUAUUCAAUCAACCAUUAGAUAUUAUAGUACAAAUCAAAAUGGUAGAAUGGAAAAAAAAGUUUGUUUUGUAACAGGUGGAGCAUCAGGUAUUGGUUUAGGAAUUGUUGAAAGAUUUGUUAAAGAAGGUGGUAAAGUUGCAAUUGUAGAUUUAGAUAAAACCAAAGCUGAUAAUGCAUCAAAAGAAUUAAAUCAACGUUUUCCAGGAUCAACGAUUUCUGUUGAAUGUGAUGUAUCAAAUGAGGAACAAGUUUCAAAGGGUAUUAAAGACACAGUUGAAAGAUUUGGUGGAUUGGAUGUGAUUGUGUCGAAUGCAGGUUUACAACAUAUUGAAACAUUAGAAACCGUUGAAUUGGCAACUUGGAGAAAAAUGAUGGCCGUUCAUUUAGAUGGCGCUUUCUUAUGUACAAAAUAUGCAAUGCAAGAAUUUAAAAAGGAUAUUAAACGUGGUGGUACAAUUCUAUAUAUGGGUAGUGUUCAUAGUAAAUAUGCAUCAGAAUACAAAAUACCAUAUGUAACUGCCAAACAUGGUUUGGAAGGUUUAUGUCGUGGUGUCGCUCGUGAAGGUGCAAAACAUAACAUUCGUGCAAAUUUAAUUUGUCCAGGUUUCGUACUUACUCCAUUGGUUAAAAAUCAAAUUCCAGAUUUAGCAAAGAAAUUCAAUAUCACUGAAGAACAAGUCACUAAAAAUAUCCUUUUAAAAGAAACUGUUGAUGGUGAAUUCACAACAGUUGAAGAUGUUGCUGAAGUUGCUGUUAACUUUUCUUCAAUUCCAAAUAAAUGUUUAACUGGUCAAUCAUUAUUAGUUAGUCAUGGUUGGAUUAUGGAAUAA